AUGGUAAUUCUUGAGGACGCGCACCGCUUGGCAGGUUACGUCUGGCUAGCCAUCCUUCUUCGCUCGAGAAAUCCUAAUGGUCACCGCGGCCGAUGUAAAGGGCUACCGCAGUCCAAGCAGGUGUUCCGACACCCUGGAUGUGAACAUAGCUGUGCAUCAGACCAAUCCUACCACAACCUCCUUUUUCUCGGGCGCAGACAGCCCAGGCCUUGGCUCGCCCUAGGGAACCAUACGUCUUGGAUGACAUGGGAAGGCGCUGGGAAAAAUGAGCGGCUGACUGGUACUAAUAGAGCUCCUCAACUCAACCACUCGCCCACUUUUGGGCCUAAUAUUCCCCCGACUCGGAGAUUAAUGCAGCGGCACAGGCGCAACUCUUGA